UAAAAUAUGUUCAUCGAAAUUGUUUGGAAGGAUGGCUUGAAACAAAAAAGUGUGACACGUGUGAGCUUUGUCUGUAUCGUUUUAACACUCAAAGAAUACCGAAGAGUUUCUGGGAAUUUUGCAGAGAAAAGAGUGACGACUGUAUUAGCGUCCUUAUGAUUGGAAUAUUUCUUAUGAUCUUUAUUUCCAUCACACUAUGGGCGUGUUACAUAUCUGUUUAUAGAGUUCUCAUAUCUGAAACAUCAAAAUCUGCUGCUGGAAAGAAAAAAUCUUCGAUUGUUUGUUCUCUAAUUGACUCGGUCUUCAGUCUCCUCUUCCUCUUAAUACUGACAAUGUGGUUCUUUUGGAUGAUUGGUUUGUUUAUCACGGAGUGGACGAAGUGGAGAAAACAUAAUUGGUAUCUGAAAGUGGUUGACAGAGAAACUAUGGCAAAAGCUUCGCUGUCAGAAGAUUCUCCAGAAGAUUCCAGAAGGUCUCCAGAAGAUUUCUUGACUCCUGUUUCACCAACGGAAAAAGAUAUUACCGCGAAUCCUCAUUGUAUAAACAUUGAACAAUCUCCAACAGUUUGAUUAUCUUAUUCAUGUAAACUGUCUUAAAUUUUUUUUCUUAAAAAAAAAAAAAAAAAAUGAAAUUUUGGAUAUUUUAGGGAUUUUAGCAUCCCCGUGUUUUCUGUAGUCUAUAAAGGUAAUUUGGGAAAAAAA